CACAAAUUGGCACAUCCAUCGUAACAUCAGUACAAAAGUCGAUAUAUUGAUAAAGUUGGAGGCCAUCGCUAAACAAAACCAAACAAUUGAUAGUGAUAGUUAAUUGCUUAAAUUUAUGUUGAAAGCGCCGCAAUAUGAUCUGUCGCUUGUGUUUAAAAAGCAUAAACGCAAACAAUGCUGUCUAUCUGUUCGAAACGAACGACACCCUGGCCGAAUCCUCGCUGCUCAAGAUAAUAGCCAAGUUUCUGCAGCUGGAGAUAAUGCCCGAUGACAACAUCUCGACGAACAUUUGCCACGAUUGCUGCGAAAAUUUGGAGGACUUUAACAACUUCUGGCAGCUGGUCGAGCAAAAGCAGUUAACGCUUAAAAAGGAGUUCCUCAACGUGGAUGUCGAUUGCGUGGCCCUCAAAUGGACGGGCGGUAUCGAUGUGGAUGUCAAUAUAGAUGAGCUGCCGCUGGUCACCGACGAGAUGGACGAGAAGCCUCUCGAUAUACACAAUCUCAGUCUGCUUGGCAGUGUUCUCGAUGUGAAUGUGGACAGUGUGGAGGUUCCGCAGCUGCAUGCUGCACCAAAACAUUUGCAUAACCCCGACCAGCUGCUGCCCCUGCACGUCUUCAAUCCUGACGACGAUGAUGAUGACGACAACGACGAAGAUGUCGAUGAGAAGCCCAUAAUGAAUGAGAGCAGCGAUAGCACGCCGCACACUUCCUCAGAUGAUGAUGAUGAAGUGCCCCUGGUGAAGCUGAAGCACAAGCUCAAACCAAAGCGAAAGGGACGCAUUGUGGUACGCAAUGAGCAGCGCCGGCUAACGCUCGCCCAGGAGCUGAAUCAGCUGCUGGAUGACACCGACACUGGAUGCGACAACGAUAACGAUGGCGAUAGCGUGAAUCGAGGGCGUCGCAAACAGCGGAACACAAAUAGAAACACAAACACAAAUAAUAAUGCGCCAACGGAUACACAGAAGAGCGAGCUGCAGGCGGCCAUGGAACGGAAGCCGAAGGGCUGCUCGCGGGCGCAGCUAUCGAAGCGGUACGAGGAGGCCAUCGCCAGCUAUAUGAAUGCCGACUGUGAUCUGUGCGACUUCAGCACCAAGUACCUGUCCCAGUUGAAGGUCCACUUCCUGGAGGUGCAUCAGCGCGACGCGUAUCUCAAGUGCUGCAACAAGGUCUUCAAUCGCGCCUCCAAACUGAUGGAUCACAUACGCAAGCACAUCAAUCCCAAGCUAUUCACCUGUUCGAUUUGCAACAAGUCGCUAAAUUCCCAGGAUUAUCUGGCCACGCACAUUGAGACGGUGCACAACAAGGUCGCCCAGAUUGGCAAGAUGCUGAAGUAUCCAUGUCCGAAAUGCGAGCGCACCUUCAGCAGCGAGAGGCGUUUGGGUAAUCAUUUGCUGAAGCACGACACGGAUCAGUUGGAGCACAGUUGCCACAUAUGCCACAAGAGCUUUGCGAAUGUGCAUCGACUGCGUCGGCAUAUACAGUCGAUCCAUGAGGAUGUGCAUCCGCAUGUCUGCGACAUUUGUGGCAAGAAGUUCAAGUUUAAGCCAUCGUUCGAGCGCCACUUGCUGGAACAUCAGGGCGUCGUCGCACCAGCGAUGGAGUGCUCCGUCUGCGGUGUCUGGCUGAAGAACGAGCACAGUCUGCGACUGCAUCGAUUUACGCACGAUAGCACCGAUACCGUCUGUCCCCAUUGCUCCAAGACGUGCAGUUCGCGGACAGCGCUGCGCGCCCAUGUUAAAUAUGCUCACAAGCUGACCACAAACCUGCAGUGCACGUACUGCGAGAAGAGCUUCAAGCAGCAGCGCAACCUCGAGGAGCACAUGGCGAUACACACUGGCCUCCAGCUAUACAAUUGCCCCCACUGUCCCAAGGAGUGCAGGUCGCGCUCCAACAUGUAUGUCCACAUCAAGCAGAGGCAUGCGGACGAGUGGCUCAAAGCCAAAAUGGCACGCUCCCAUAAUCCGCAGUUUAAGCCGCACGCCUAAAUCCCACAUACCUAUAAAUGUCUAUA